AUGAUCGAAUAGGCUAUAUUUAAAUAAAAUUCUUUAGGAUAACAAAAUCUAAUAAAUGAACCAUAGGAAGUGAUAGCUCAAGAUAUAAACACUUUGAAAACUAUUUGUGUAGAUCAAUAUUAGAUGACUUAAAUAGAUAAAAGGGAGUCAAAAAAUCAAAUACUUCCUAACAAUGUAAACGAGUAAAAUACUAUCAAGGAUAACUCAGAUGAAUUAGCUAAUUAGCCUUCUGUUAACUUUAAAAAGCAAAUCACUUUAUUCUAAAACAGAAAAUGGUAAUAUGUGGCCAAAUUUAUUCAAAAGAUAAAGCAACAAAGUUCUUUAUAUAGAUUUGGCCAAACCAGAAAAUCUUAGCUUGACAUUAUAGAUGAUAAAUCAUUCUUUUAUGAUUACUUUUACUACUAAAAAAGAUUUACAAAUGAAAUGCCUUCACUGUUCGAAUCGUUUGCCCACUACUUAGAAACAAGAGAAUUCAUUAAAUUUCUUAAACUAAGAGGAUUUAGUAACUGGAUAAUCAUGCCUGAUCAUUUACCUAGCCGAUUAUGGAAUUUUGUGCAAUUUUUCUUUCUACUGAUUUACAUAAUUUACUUACCUAUCAGAAUAGCGUUCGACUCACUUUACUAAAAUAAUUAAAUAUUUAUACUUUUUGAAGUUAUCCCUAAUAUAAUUUAGAUAAUAAAUAUCUUUCUAUAGUUAAACACAGGUUUUUAUAAGAGAGGAGUUGUGAUCACAGAUCGUUCCUAGAUCAUAAAACAUUAUUUAUUCUCAGUCAAUUUUUACUUCGAUAUGUUCCUUUGUAUUUUUUGGCUGAUAUCUUUAAAUAAUGGUGUUUCUAUAUGGUUUAAAGUAGUAGGAGUUUUAAGGCUUUUUACAUUUAUACAUUACCUUUCUUAAAUUGAAUACACAACUGAUAUUAGAGAGUAUAUUGGGAGUUAUUUGGAUUUGAUUAAACUGGGCGGAUUUAUUUUUCUAUGUGCUCACUUAACUGGAUGCUGUUUCUAUGCUUUAGCAAACUAUGAAAAAGAACUUGGAGUCUUUUCAACUUGGAUUGAUAAAGACAGACUCAAUUUUGUAGAUAAUGAAAACAGUGUUAAUUUAGAGUUUUAAGGAUAUGUUGCUUCCUUUUAUUGGUCCAUCAUAACAAUGUGCACUGUAGGUUAUGGUGAUGUUGUUCCUACCACAUUUAGAGAGAGAAUAUUUGUAGUUUUUGUUUGCAUGUUAGCUUGCUUUUUGUUUGCAUUUGCAAUGAACUCUAUAGGAGAGAUAAUUAAAAACUUAAGAUAAAAUAAUGAGGAAUUUAAAUUACAAACUACUUCAUUGAAGAUUUACAUGAAAAAAAGAAAACUUCCUAAAAGCUUAUAAAUGAGAGUUAGAAAGUAUUAUGAGUACUUGUAUGCAGAGAAAAAGCAAGAAAAUGAGCUAGGAAUCAAAUUAAUUGAUGAUCUUGCUCCCACUCUCAGAAGUGAUGUACUAAAAGAGAUGUAUUCAAACAUAUUAAAAAAAUAAAAGCUGUUUAAUCUCAAUUUUUCUGAAACAUUUAUUACAAAUCUGUAUAAAUAUGUUAAAGAAAAGAAAUACAGUGUUGACGAAUAUUUAUUUAAAGAAAACGAAAAAUCAGAGAACUUGUUUUUCAUUUUAUCUGGAGAAGUUGAAAUCAUUCUUUAAAAUAGAGUAGUGCUUCAGACUCUUUAAUAAGGAGAAUUUGUAGGCAGUCAGGAGUUUUUCGGAGACAAUCUUUACUAAUUUUCAGCCAAAGCAAAUACAUUUACAUAAUUUUUAAUUAUUGAUAAAUAAGAUUUUAUAGAGAGUCUAAAAAAUUUUGAAAAUGAUUAUGAAUCUUUCUGUGAGAUCAGGGAUAAUAUUAAUUUAUAGCACAAAAAUUCUGCAUUAUGUAUUAGGUGCGAAAGCUGCAGCUAAUAUGGACACACAUUUUAGGGCUGCUCAAUGAUUAAAUUUCAUGGCAAUAAAUAUAAAUAAAUAUUUAACUAUAAUAAAAUAAAAUAAUCAAGAAAAAAAUAAAGUCGAAAUGAUUUUACUUUUACUACCUUGCAAUGUGCUAAAGAAGUUGAAGAAAGUGUCAAAGCAUUUCAUGAGCAUGUUUACUACACUUAACUUUAAAAAGAGGAAUUUGAAAGAAAUCUUUACAAAAAUUUUAGUACGAUUGAUGAUAAUGAGGAUAGUGAUGAGUCUGAAAAAGAAAAGACAGAAUAAAAUUAAAGAUAAAUAGGAAAUUUUAACAAUUUAUAGAAUUAAAUUGCAGAAAACUAAAAUACUGGUAUUGGGAGUAGAUUAACCAUUAAUUUGAAUAAUCAAUAAUCAAAAGAAGAACAUAGCAUAGAAAAUGAAUAAAAAGAUAAUCAAAGAUUAAAAGUAAAAUCGUUUGUUGGUUAAAAUGAUUCCAAAAAGCCUCCAGCUAUUUCUAGCUUUUUUGCAAGGGAGCAGUUGUAAGUUGAGAAAACAUAAAAUUCUCAAGAUACAGAUAAUGAGUCAGAGUCAUUUGAUAUAAAUAAUCCAAGUAGUCCUGAAAAAAUAUUCUAUAAUAAUAAAAGCUCAGAGGGAAAAAUAUAAGAAAUCAGAAUAUCUACAACUCCAAAUAAGAAAUAGUAAUACUCAAGUAAAGCAAAAACAGCAGCAAAACUAGAAAAUGCAAAUUCUAAACAGCAUAGCUACUUUUUUUCUUAUUCUCUGAAAGAUAAUUAAGAUAAUGAAAUAAAGACUACACAUAACAGUAGCAAGAAUGAUGAAUACAAAGAAUCACUGAAAUCAAAUAAAAUUAUAUACAUAGAAGACUAAGUAUAGUAAGGAUCACAGUAGAACAUAGUAGCAUAAACUCAUAAACCUAGAUUUUUUACAAAGAAAAAUGACUUAGAGCUUAGGAGAAAGUCUAAAUUUUUGAACUUUGGAAAUAUUUAAGGAGCUCAGCUAAAUAAGUAAGUAAGUAUUCAACUAUGUGAUUCCUCAAAUGCUUCUCCAGCUAAGAAAAUUCCAUUUAUAUAAGGAAUUCUCUCUCCAAAAAGCAAUCCUAUAUCUCCUAAAGUUAGCAAAACUCCUAUAAAUCAAAAUUAAAAAACUCCUGCAAUUACUCCAAAACAUUAUGAAAAAAGAUUAACUAUAAGGCACUAAUCAUAAUUUUCUAAUUCGUUAGCUUCUAUAGUCUAUAACAUAUAUGAAUAAGCUAUACAGCAAGAAAAUUUAAUAAGCAAGAAACUGCCAAUGAAUUAAGAAGUAGAAAAUGAAUUCGAUAGAAUGAAGGAAUAUCAACAUUAUUUUAUCAAUAACAAUCCCUCUUAAGUAGUUUUAAAUUAUAAUAAGUAUGCUGAAGAAAGGAAACGUUGUUAUGAAUUAAUGAAAGGAGCUAGUUUAAGAAAGAAGAAGAAAAAUUCUUAAAAAACUAGAUAUGAAAAGAAAAAUUUUAAUAUGCUAAAUAAAAGAAACUAAACUUUAAAAUCAGCAAGUAGCAAAACAAGUCAGUAAUAAGGUAACCAAUUUAAAAAGAUUUCAGUUGACUGGUCUAAGUAUAAUGAAGAGGUUGAAAAGCCAUAGGAAAUAAAUAAAUAAGAAUUAGAUUCACUGAUUAAUAAUUAGAAUAAUAACUAAUGA